UCAUAUCCGUCAGCGAGCAUGCGCACUCGCAGACUUUCUGAACAAACAUGGCGACCUCCACUGGCGGAUUGUCACCGUUGGACGGCGGAGAAAUGAUGCGCUACGCGGAGUACAGCCCGAAAGCGAACUCCAGGAGCGACGCGGAGAUCGACCGGCGGCUGGGCGGUACGCUGAUUGCAGUCGGCCUUGGGGUGGCUGCUGCAGGUUUUGCAGGUCGCUACGCCUUCCAGCUGUGGAAGCCCCUUGGCCAGAUGUUCUCGGAAACGGUGCGCAAGAUGCCGACAUCUGCAUUCUCGUCGUACUACAAAGGAGGCUUUGAGCAGAAGAUGUCCAAGCGGGAGGCCAGUCUCGUCCUCGGCAUCAGUCCAGUCAGUACAAAGGCCAAAGUACGUGAGGCACACAGAAGGAUCAUGGUCCUCAAUCAUCCCGAUAAAGGGGGUUCACCGUAUCUCGCCGCCAAAAUCAACGAGGCCAAAGACCUUCUGGACAAGGACAUGCGGCGGUGACCACCGUCGUCGUUUCCCAUCAUCUCUUGCACAGUCUAGGCCACAAAAUAGGGACACCCUGCUUACCCUUCUUUGAUCACGUCCAUGAGCUAAUCUUUAAUAACUGUCCUCUUAUGUUUUAGGUCAAAUUGACACAUGAAAAAAAUAUAAAAGUUGUGACAGGUUAGUUGUUUUUAAGUUAUGAAAUUUAAUAUGCUUGGCUGUGUUGUGGUUGUAUUUUUUGUUACAGAACUGUCUUGACAAUUAAACAUCCCCCAGAUACGAUUGGCCCAUUUUAAAGGGGGGAAAAAUAUAUAAUUACAGUUAAAAGUAGUUUGUCGGUGUGAAAUUUCAUUUUGGACACACUUAAUCAUUUUAUACACAUGGUCAUUUUUUUUUCUCUUAUUUAGAGUUAAUGUGAUUACAUUAACAGCCAACAGGGGGCGAUACAGUGUCAGACAGCAGUGACAGGAGAACAAUUCUGACUGAAAAGGGGACACAGUGAGGAGCUACUUAGAUACAAGACUCACAAACAAGUUUGGCAUGUUUGGCUUUCAGGUGGAAUUUAUGGAAAAUGUAACACGUUCACGCUACUGAUUUCUUUAAUUUGCUUUCCUCAUCUCAAACAAUUCAUUGAAACAAAAGUUGUGAUGCUUGAGUGCCUGUCACCUCUCUUUUGAGUGGAAGUCAUCAUCCUGUUUCUCUGGGCAUUGUUCACAAUGUAGCGGGCGUCAGCCUGGGAUCUGGCAUCUUUCUGUGGCUCUUCCAGUCUCCCGAUCUCUCUUGCAACCUGCCGAUGACACGCUAAGCUCAGCGGCCACUGAGAACGUCCUGCUUGAAGCUGGGAAAAAUUGCUCUGACUACAGAAGAGAGAUGGCAGCGACACACGACGAUGUUCCUUCACAGCUUCACCAUUUUCACCAAAUUUAAUAAAUGUACUUUUCUGAGAAUAACAAA